UAACAGUUUUUACGACAAGCCAAUUCCCAUAUGGUAGUAUGACGGUACUGGAAAACCUAUCAUGUAUAAUUAAGGAAGCCUUGAUGGUAUAUGUUAUGUAUUAUUAAUACAACAUCACAGAGUUUGUCAUACGAGCACACAGAAGACCACAGAAAAUAUCAAUUAUUAAUUAGAACAAUAACACACAGAACAGAGAACCGAUGAAGACUGAUGAAAAGAUUAUAGGAUAACAAACAAAUAAGAGAAAAAGAUUAGAAAAAUGAACAAAAGAAAAAUAAACCAAAUAAGUUAAAUUUCUCAGUGAUUUUUUUUUUUCCUGAAAACUUUUUUUUUCAGGGAAAAAACUCGAAAAACGAAUUUCCAUUCGAACCAAGGGAAUUCAAAAAAAGGACCAAUGUUACUUUGUAUGCGUACACUAAAGUGAAUAAAUUUCAACAUGGAAAUGUCAUACCUCUACAAACAGGAUAGGAUGUUUGUUACAAGAUAGAAAAUGGAACUAACUUAAAAGAUUCUCUGUGAUCUCAAAGGCUCAAAAUACUGAAUAAUGUAAAAGCUUUACAAUACGUUUUAAAGUAUAAGGUGACACUGGGCGUAACACUGUGGAAAUAAUAUUCUGAUAAAAAUGCACGAAAAUUUGGAUAGAAAAAUGGAUACUGAAGGUAGAAAUAAUAUAUCGAAUGAAACCCUGACUGAACAUGAUCAAAUUUUCGUGAGCGACGGAGAAAAAAUCGAGACUGCUAACACUUUCAAAAAUGUCUUUGAGUCUUCGAUUUUUACGGGAAACAACAUUUACUUCCUGCUUUUUGCAAGUUUUGCCAUGAUUAUAACAGCUAUCGUCACCUUUAUCAGGCAUCGUCAGCAAAAACAUGCUGCUGAACAGAAAGAACUAGAAUACCUGCGAUACUUUCACUCUAUCUUACCUCACAGUCAAAUCUACGGUAAUUUAAAUGAAAAAUUUUCAAAACUCGAUCGACGUAGCAACUCAAAGAAAAGUAAACGGAAACGGACAGAUAAAGUCGAGGAUAUAUCAGAUGUUGAUAUUAAACUGAACGGAUUGUCAUCGAUAUACAAAAAAUUCAGGUACUCGCAGUACUCUGCCAGAACGAUUUCAAAAGAUUCCAGCUGUGAUAACGACGAGUCCAAAUCUUUUGAUGAAACCGAACUUAUGAACAUAGAACUAGCGCCGGCCACAGUUGUUGAAAUACACGAAAACGGCCGGGUAUCUGCUGAAUCUGACACUCCUAACUCAAGAAACAUCUGUCAGAAAUACAGGUUCACUGUAAAACCUGAUGACAUGCUAGAAAAUAUCAAACAGACUGAUGGAAUAGACAAAGAAAUGGUCAGGAAACACCUUUUUGGAGGUAAAUUUCUUGAAAAAGUUGUGCAAAAGAGUAAAAGUGAAAGCUCAAAUCACAGAGUUCAUUUCAGUUUGGAAUGUGAUGAAAAAAUUCAGGAUAAUAAACAGGAAGUUAUUUCUUCUCAAAAUCGACAUAUAGCUGUAAUUGAGAACAACGAAAAGGGCCUAAAAAAAUUGCUUUUGGAAGAAAUGGAUGAUAUGCAAGUAACUGCAUUAUAGCAUGACAGGAAAAGUGCUAUUUCUGGUGUUAAGUCUUGAAUUUUUAUUAAUUUUUUUGGGGGUACCAAUCUAAUAUGCAAAAGCAAUAUGUGUUAUUUAUAAAACAAAGACAUGGAAUCGAGAGCUUUCCACUGUGGUAAAUUAUGCAAUGUACUUCACAUUUUUUAUUUUUUAACAGACAAAUUAGCAAAAGUUAAAAAACAUAUUGAGAGAGUAAUUCUUGAACACGUGUUAUGGAAUUAAAUUUGCUGCAGGAUUAAACAUAUAGUUGUGUGCAGAUUAGGUGUGUUCAGAGAUUGUGAAAAGGAAAGUUUUGUUUUCUAAACAUGCUGAAAGAAAAUUAGAGUUUGAUAAAUCAAUGUAACAAGUGUCACAAAAAAAAACAACAACAUGACAACAGAAAAAAACUCUCAGAGAAAACUCUCUCACUACUGGAGACAUUAGUAGUGAAAAUAUGCUCAUUUUUUACAGCAACUGUAACAAAGUACAUGCUCAUUUAAUAUUUUAAUCUCUAACAGAGAUUGAAACAUGCUCAUUUUAUACAAGUGAUGGAAUUUCACUCACACAAAAUGCUCAUUCUAGAAAAAUGUAACUGAAUUCAUGUGUCUUUAACAGAGAACACAUGCUUAUACAAAGAACACAUUUUUCUAUUCAUUUGGAGUACAUUAUACCCAGGACACAUGCUCAUUUGGUGUCAAUUACAAAGAACAAAGAACACAUUCUAUUUAGUGUGUCUUACAAAGAACACAUGACCAUUAAUUCAGAGUCUAAA